CGUUGUGCGCAUGCGCUCCCCGGGAUUAAUGUCAAGGCACAAAAGUGGCGCUUCACCGCUUCGAGCUCUCCUCCGGUGGACGCCUCAGUGAUGGACGGGGAGUCGGAACCCAGCCCUGUCGUGGCGGAGGAGGCAGGGGAGCGGGUGGAGCCCAUGGAAGCCACUCCCUCCCCCCAGCAGCAGGCCACGCCUCCCUCCAGGGAGCCCGGGGAGCCCGUUUCCAUGGUAACAGAAGAUGAAACCACAAAGGAGAGCGGCGUGGAGGAUAACGACGACGACGUGGUCCUGGUCGGGGAGGAGGAGGCCCCCCAGCCACCUGCCACGGACACGCCCAGCACAGACUGCACGGAGCCGGCCGCCGCCGCCACGGCGCCGCCCGAAGCAGACAUGUCCGCGGCGGAGACGCCUCCCAAGAGCCCCGCUUCUCCCCUGUCUUCCAGCGCGGCCGCGGCGCCCCCGAAGCCCCCCAGCGCGGCGGCAGAGCCCAUCGUCAUCGACGACGAGGAGGACUCCGAGCAGAGGGACGCGUCCCCCCCCUCGCCGGCGCCCCCCGCCGGCUCGUCGGCGUCGCACUCCCCAGCCGCCCUGAGCAGCACGGAGCCGGACUCGGAGAUCAGGAUCGCCAGCGUGACCACGCUGGGCCCCGGCGGGCAGAAGGGGGGCGCCGCCGUCUCUGCAGUGGCCACGCCGCCGCACCCGGCGGACGUCCAGGCAGACAUGAACCUGAUGAUCACCUCCGUCACCUCGCUGCAGGCGGAGGCGGCGGCUUCGCCGGUGGGUGAAGGCCAGGCAGAGGAGAACGGCCUGCAGAUCAGCAGUGCGUUCAGCCUGAAUCCAGACAACCCAUCUGGUCGGCCCACCGCCUCCUUCAACCCUGGGCGGGGCCCGGGCCCCCUGGUACAGAACGGAGACACGGGGACACACAACAGAACAGAUUCCUGGAUCUCUCAGUCCGCUUCAGUUCCUCGCAACCAAAAACAGAGCGGCGUGGACUCGCCGUCCCCGGCCACCUCGCUCCCCAAACCCGCGGGCCAGUCUUCCUCGUCCACGUCGUCCUCGGGCUCCCAGCCGCAGCCCCGGACAGUCAAGGUAACCUGUGCUAAUUGUAAGAAGCCUCUAAAGAAAGGCCAGACGGCCUACCAGCGCAAAGGCUCCACCCACCUCUUCUGCUCCACCACCUGUCUCUCCGCCUUCUCACACAAGCCCGCCCCCAAGAAGAGCUGCACCAUGUGCAAGAAAGACAUCACCAACAUGAAGGGGACCAUCGUGGCCCAGGUGGACUCCAGCGAGUCCUUCCAGGAGUUCUGCAGCACCGGCUGCUUAGGCGCGUACGAGAACAAGCAGAACCCGCCCAAGUCGGGCCUCAAGACCAAAUGCACGGUCUGCGGCAAGCUGACGGAGAUCCGGCACGAGGUCAGCUUCAAGAACGUGACUCAUAAGAUCUGCAGCGACACGUGCUUCAACGUGUACCGCCGCGCCAACGGGCUGAUCAUGAACUGCUGCGAGCAGUGCGGCGACUACCUGCCCAGCCGCGCCUCGGCCAACCACUUCGUGCUGGUGGACGGCCAGCAGAAACGCUUCUGCUGCCAGAACUGCAUCAAGGAGUUCCGACAGGCCAACAGCAAACUGGCGACCUGCCUGACCUGCAAGACGUUCAUCAAGACGGGCGAGGUUCUCCACAGCCUGGGCGCCGCCGGCGUCAUGAGCUCCUACUGCUCCGUCAGCUGCAUGAACAAGGGCAAGCUGGUGUCCGCCCCCUUCCUCAACGCAGAGCCCACCUGCCACUUCUGCAAGAGGAACUCCUUACCGCAGUACCAGGCCACGCUGCCAGAGGGCAACAUCCUCAACUUCUGCAGCUCGCAGUGCGUUACCAAGUUUCAGAACGCCACGCUCCAGCCAGCCACCAACGGACAGACCCCCGUCUCCACCGCCAACACCGUCCAGCUCAAAUGCAACUACUGUCGAGGAGCGUUCAGCCUGAAGCCCGAGACUCUGGAGUGGGAGGAUAAGGUCUACCAGUUCUGCAGUAAGACGUGCUGCGAGGACUACAAGAAGCUGCACUGCAUCGUGACGUUCUGCGAGUACUGCCAGGAGGAGAAGACGCUGCAUGAGAUGGUCAACGUGUCGGGGGUCAAGAGGCCGUUCUGCAGCGAAGGCUGCAAGCUGCUGUUCAAGCAGGACUUCAUCAAGCGUCUGGGCCUGAAGUGUGUGAGCUGCAACCACUGCAGCCAGCUGUGCAAGCGGGGCGUGACGCGGCAGCUGGGCGGCUUGACCCGCGACUUCUGCGGCGACGCCUGCGCCAAGAAGUUCCACGACUGGUACUACAAGGCGGCGCGGUGCGACUGCUGCAAGGUGCAGGGCAACCUGACGGAGUCGGUGAUGUGGAGGGCGGAGAUGAAGCAGUUCUGCGACCAGGAGUGUCUCCUCAAGUUCUACUGCCAGCAGAACGAGCCCAUCAUGGUGACGCAGAAGGGCCCCGAGAACAGCAGCCUGGGGUUUGAGGUGCAGGCAGCCAAAAUGGGGAUGGUGAACCAGAGCACGGCGCCGUUCGCCGCCGGAGGCUUGGUGCGAGACGUGAAGAACAAGGCGGUGCUCUGCAAGCCGCUCACGCUGACCAAGGCCACCUACUGCAAGCCCCACAUGCAGAGCAAGCUGCUGCAGACGGAUGUGGACGACGGCGUGAAGAGGGAGUUCGUCCCGGUGCCCAUCCCCGUGCCUGUCUUCAUCCCCGUGCCCAUGAACAUGUACUCCCAGGUCACCCCCACCCCGGCCCCCCUGCCCGUGCCGGUUCCGGUGCCUGUCUUCCUGCCCACCAGCCUGCAGGGGGCAGAGCAGCUCCUCCAGACCAUCAGUGAGCUGAAGGACCAGCUGGAGGCCGACCAGGUGUGUGUGGACGAGCAGCAGAAGCCAGACGUGAAGCCGGUGAAGGUGAAGAAGGAGGCGGAGCUUCAGAAGCCCCCCGGCGGCAGCAGCCCAGAGAAGGAGGAGGAGGAGGAGGAUGAGGAAGAGGAGGAGGAGGAGGAGGAGAAGUAUGAGCCCGACCUGGACCUGGAGGCAGACUUCCCCCAAGCCUCGGAACCGGUCCCAGCUCUGGAGGGGAUGGACGAAGACCUGGGCUUCUCCCUGCCUCCAGUCCUCGCAGAGGAGAAGGAGGACCUGCAGGACUCGGCUCCUCAGCCCAAACCCCGGAAGCAGGGAAGCAAGCGGCAGGCCGUCGAGGACUCGUCCCCGUCCUCCCCCCCGUCCAGGAAGCCGUCGGAGGGCCGGUCUCUGCCUCUCAGAGCCCGGUACGGCGUCAACGCCUGGAGGCGCUGGGCCCUGUCUCCCUCCGGCCAGACGCAGGACGCCACGGCGAAGGACGGCUGCUCGGCGGCCCGGCCCAGGUCCAGCCUGCUGUCGCUGAGUCCCGGGGAGCUGAACGCCGCCCUGGCCAGGUUCGUCCGGGAGGUGUGCCGGCCCAGCGGCGAGCGCUACUCUCCGGACAGCGUCCUCUACCUCUGCCUGGGGAUCCAGCAGCAUCUACAUGCCAAAGGCCGGACGGAUGACCUGUUCAGCGACCCGUGCUACCAGCAGUUUGGAGAGGAGCUGGACAGGGUCCUGAAGAACUGGCAGCCCAGCGUGCUUCCUGACGGCUCCCUGUGGGGUCGGGUGGAGGAGCAGAGCCUGUGGAGCAGCCGGCAGCUGGGGGAGCAGAGCCCCGCCGCCCUGCUGCGCUCCCUGGUCUACCUGAACACCAAAUACUUCGGCCUGCGCACCGUGGAGCAGCACCUCCGCCUCUCCUUCGCCAACGUGUACGGCCCCGACACCGUCCAUCCUGUCACCAAGGAGACCACAGUCUGCAUCCGCGUGCCUUCCAUCACUCAGGACCACCACGAGCAAACGGUGUCUGGAAAAAGAAAACGUAGCUCAGAGGACAUGGGUCGGGACGCCGACGAGGACUCGGGCGGCUCGGAUGGACCCUGCCGGGUCCGGAAGCACGAGUGUCACCUCUAUGAGCUCUACAGAUCUAAGUGCCCGCCCUCGUUGCGAGAACACCUGGACGUCUUCUACGUCCAGCCGGACCCGGGCUGCAGCCUGGACGACCCGCUGUGGUUCAGCUCCUCGCCGCUGGAGCAGCAGAUCCUGGAGAGUCUGCUCAUCAGGGUCCUCCUGGUCAGGGACAUUCACACAGAGAAGCACCUGGAGGACGAGGAGGAGGGGGAGGGGGAGGGGGGCGGAGCCAUCGGGGGGCAGUAGCAGGAGGACAGGUUGUCUUCUAGGGCUCUGAUCGGUCUUCAUGGUCUGCUGUGUCCUCCUGGUGAGAGACGUCCAUAACAGACAGCGGACCGCGACAAAUUGUCCACUUCUGCCUCAAAGCAAAUUUUCCUGGACUCAAACACUCUGCUAAGCCACGGGGAGGACAGGAGUGAGGGACACAGGAGGACAAGCUGUAGUUCUUACAGUCAAAUCAGGUAGAAGACAGUCGGUCCUCACAGCACGACCGUUCUGAGACGCUUCGACUUUAUUCAGUGCAGACAUGUUUAGAGACGGAGAACUGGCUGAGGAGACGGGGGGGGGAGGGGGCAGGAUGCCGACCAUAAAGGAGGGAAGUAGGAGGAGCUGCUGCUGCUGCUGGGUGGACACAGCAGAGCAGGCUGCUCACAUUAAAUAACGUCUCACAACUUCCACCUGUUUGGUCACAUCAGAUCUCAGCGGUUCAGUUUGCUCCAGAGUCUCCCUCUGAACACCUGAUACGACGGUUUCCCCGGGUGAUUAAAACGGCGUUCUGAACAUCAGGGCCUCUACCUCACUGUCAGACUCUUCCGUUCGGCAACGUUCAGCUUCGUUUGGACCCGCUUGGUUUGGAAAAUGUUCUCGUUUGUUGGGAAAAACAACUAAAUGGCAGACGAUGAAGCAGAAGCUCCUGGUUUGACUGUUUCGCCUAAUAAGCCCAGUUCCAGUUGGUUUCAGUCAGCUCCGGGUGGUGUGAGCAUGCCCCCCCCCCCCCCAGCAGACAGACCAACCCUCCUGCUGCACUCUUCAGACUCCCUCUUUGUUCUGGAACAGGCGCCUUUGAGUAGAAGGACCAGUCUGUCCCAGCAGGGUUCUGGUCUGGGGCCUGAGCCCGGGUCUCCUGCAGAGGCUCCCGUCCCGGUCGUCUCUCCCUCCAGCCGCCGUGUCCUCCCUCGUCUCCUCAGCCUGGGCUGCUUCCAUCCCCUCCCACCACGUCGCUCACCGCUCUUCCUCUCAGGCAAACCGGCACCGCGGACCGGACCGGACCGGACUGGCCCGGCCGCGGCGCCGGGGAAUCCUACCUACCAACAUGCUGCAUUUCUUUCUAGGACUGUAGGGAACCGUCACUCAUGCGAUGUAGCAUUACAGCGUCCUCAGCCUGCUCGGAGCUUCGGAGUGUAAAUAUCAUGGACUUGAUCCGGCACAGGGGGGCGCUGCAGGAACCUCCAGCUCCAGACGCUCCUCCUCAGAAGCCUUUUUUAACACGGCCCAGUAUUUAUUUCUCAAUCAGUUGGACUGUCUGUCAUGUCUGGAUUUUUAAGGGUGUCCAUUCCUUCAUCCACUGAACCCUGCACCUCUUUAAUCUGUGAAGAAACCCAAAACUGCAUGAAGGAUGUGGAUCAGUUUCACUCGUCUUCUGUCCCUUUCCUCUUUUUUGUUGAGUCCUGCUCCUGUCCCGUCUUUUUUUGUCACUUCAGCCUCAUUUAGUUGACAAACCCAGCAGUGCCGGGCGUCCUCUACCGUCUGAGCUGUUGAAGGUUGCUGCCACUACAAACUGCAAAAACAAAGGUUUUUUUUUUUUUUAUGAAUUAAGCUUCUGUUCUGAGUUACACCAUCCGUUAUUUUCUAAUUUAUCCCUUUGUUUACUCUGAGUUUCAUUUGAGUUUGUCGCCUGUGAUUAAAGUUUUGUCAAAUUAAAGUUAAGUGAGGAUUUGUUUUCUACUUUCUCCCGUCUGCUGGAGACGAGGAGAAUAUUCAGAGUGAACUUUAACUUUCCAAGUGUGUGUUUCCACCGUCAGUCCUCGUAAACUGUCUGAAAUGCUGCUGCCCGUCAAACGUUGACUUUGACUCCCACGAACGCAACUAAUGUCUCAGAAGUUCUCAGUUGAAGCGCUCCCUCGGUGCACAGGCCACAUGACGACUCUCCAGCGCGGUGAACCAGGUCAGGGAAUUCACGUCCAGAGGUUUAUUUUAUCUAGAGAGGUCUUUCUCUUAUUUUGUACGCCCGAUUGCAUUUAAGCGCCUGAAGCUGCAGCGUGAGGUUUCAGGAGCAAGCCGUAGUGGAUCUAGUUGGACGCCUGGAGCCAAAACACCGUUUUCCUGCUGGACUCGGAGGCGGCGGCCGGCGCUGUGGUCGGCUGCGACGCCUAAUGUGAAUGUGCCUAUCUGUAUAUACUGAAAGUGAGUGACUGUGACUCGAGUCUGAUGCCAUGUGUGUGGGCUGAUGUGCUGACAGUCAUGUUCAAUAAACAACUUCAUUUUCUAACCGGA